AUGUAUGCACCACAGAAUUUUUACUGCUAUGCACUGGAUGCGAAAUCAAGCGUUCUAUUCCACGAACAGAUGCAAGCACUGUCAGUGUGCUUCCCAAAUGUGUUCCUCACCAAGCGCGAAUUUACCGUCGACAGUGCUGGCCAUAAUACCUCGCGCAGUUUCCUGGAAUGUUUGCGUAUUGUGCGAAAAAUGCCUGGUUGGCGGUAUGCUAUUUUGUUACAGAAUAAUGAUAUCCCACUGAAAAGCAAUCUAGAGAUGGUACAGAUAUUGCAAGCUUUGAACGGCAGCAACGAUAUCAAUGUUGGAUAUCCUAAUGCCGACCGGAUGCCGAAAGAUGUUCCAUGGACGUUCCGCUCACUUCGGCUGUUUAGGGGUUAG